UUCUUCAUGUUAUGUCAACCUACAUCUGAUCUCAGCAGCCGGAAAACUACGAUUAUUAAUGUUUGCAUAACACUACACGAGAGCCAGACUACUUUGCAAGUGUGCCCUGCAAAGUAAGCUGAUGUUGAGUAAUGUGAAGUAGAGAUUCGUGUUGCAGUGAUGCGCUGCGCUCGGCGCGUCCUUCAACGCGCAGACGCGCUCUACAGACGCGUCAACACAUGGUCUGCUGUCGGAGCGGCUUUUAACACCCAGCACCGACGACUGGACAAUUUGGAGAAAAAUGUGGGUCUGUUUGGAGUACCAGAGCUCAGCAGUCCGGCUGGUUUCCAGGUGGCCCAGCGAAAGGCUCUCCGGGAAGCUGAGUUUCUGGUCCACAGAGCCUGCACACAUCCUCCUGAUGCCAUCACCGUGGAAACGUUUGACCAGCUCUCUGACAGCUUGUGUAAAGUGGCCGACCUGGCAGAUUUUAUCAAAGUUGCUCAUCCAGAUGCUGCGUUCCGUGAGGCUGCGGAAAGGACCUGUGUUGAUAUUGGAACUGUUGUGGAAAAACUCAAUACAAAUGUUGAUUUGUGUCGGAGCCUGAAAACUUUGUUGGAAAAUGAAGCCGUUUUGGCCACACUGGAUCCAGAAGAAAGGAGAGUUGCAGAGCUUUUCAUGUUUGACUUUGAGAUAAGCGGGAUACGUCUAGAUGAAUCCAAGAGGAAGAAAGCUGUUGCAUUGAAUGUGGAGUUGCUGGAUCUUUCCUACGAGUUUCUGAACGGCUCUCAACUCCCAAACUCUAUAGACAAGCGGGUUCUACCGGAACGCAUCCGUCACUGUUUCUCCAUAGACGGGAACCGAGUUCAGAUCGGCGGGCUGUGUGCGGAUUCUCCCAAUGAGCUGGUUCGAGAAGCUGCGUAUAAAAUCUUUUUGUACCCCAACACUAGUCUCCUGCUUUGUUUGGAUGAGCUUCUGGCUUGUAGACAUGAGCUGGCAACACUAGUGGGCUAUGAAUCAUUUGCACACAGAGCUUUGAAAGGAACAAUGGCUAAAACUCCAGAGACUGUGAUGAAGUUUUUGACGCUGCUUACCGAAAAGCUCUCAGACAGGACAUCAAAGGAUUUCAAGGUGAUGAGGGAAAUGAAGAAGAAAACGCACAUAACAAAUCAUGAAGUGAUGCCAUGGGAUCAUGCGUACCUCAGUAGUGCCAUAAGGACGGAGAAGUUUAAUGUAGAUUGCGGCGUUUACAGCCCAUAUUUCUCUCUCGGUGCUUGCAUGGAGGGUCUCAACCAUCUCUUCACACAGCUGCUGGGUGUCUAUUUCCAAGCAGAGGAGCCGAAAAUGGGAGAAGUUUGGAGCGAAGAUGUUAGAAAGCUGGCUGUGGUUCAUGAAACCGAGGGACUGCUGGGAUAUAUAUACUGUGAUUUCUUCCGUAGACCUGAUAAACCUAACCAGGACUGUCACUUCACCAUCCGUGGUGGGCGGUUGAUGAAAGACGGUGUUUAUCAGCUGCCUGUUGUGGUGCUGAUGUUGAGUUUACCUCCACCCAAUGGAAAAACCCCAUCACUGCUCACUCCUGCCAUGGUGGAGAACCUCUUCCAUGAGAUGGGGCAUGCCAUGCAUUCAAUGUUAGGCCGAACACGAUAUCAACAUGUCACAGGAACCAGGUGCUCUACAGAUUUUGCUGAGGUUCCUUCUGUCCUCAUGGAGUAUUUUGCAUCAGAUUAUCGGGUUGUGAGCCAGUUCGCUCGACAUUAUCAAACUGGGGAGCCCCUGCCGGAGAGCCUUGUGUCCCGUUUGUGUGAGUCUAAAAGGGUCUGCGGUGCUGCCGACACUCAGCUACAGAUUUUCUAUGCAGCUUUGGAUCAGGUUUAUCACGGCAAGCCACAAUACACAACCACCACUGACAUGCUCAGAGAAAUGCAGGAGAAAUUUUAUGGGUUACCGUAUGUUCCUGACACAGCUUGGCAGCUGAGAUUCAGUCAUCUGGUUGGUUAUGGUGCCAAAUAUUAUUCCUACCUCAUGUCCAGAGCUGUGGCCUCUAUGGUGUGGAGGCAGUGUUUUCUACAGGAUCCCUUUAACAGAGUUAUGGGAGAGCGUUACCGUUGGGAGAUGCUUGCUCAUGGAGGUAGUAAAGAACCUAUGCUGAUGGUCCAAGGAAUGCUGCAGAAAACUCCAACUAUUGAAGACUUUGUGGAUGCACUAGUGGUGGAUCUUGAUGCAAAUUUGAAAACCCAAAAAUAAGACCAUCACAUGCCCCAUGAUGUCAUUGCACCUUCCCCAUCCAGCUGCUUUUUAUACCUCAUUAAAGUAAUAUAUGAAAACCAGCUGUCACUCAUGUAUAGACAUGUCUUUUUUUAAUAAUAAAUACUUGUUGGUCAUCAUGAUGCACUUGUGUAAUGAUGUUAAGCAAAAUCAGUGUUCCCCGAAAUAAAAAUGUGCUUCCAGA